AUGGGCCGAGCUGGAGGCGGGGGCCCGAGUUGGGGGCCGCCGCCAGCGCUGCUGCUUCUGGGGGCCACGCUGGUCCUCACCGCUGGGGCCGUGCCGGCACGCGAAGCAGGCAGCGCGAUCGAGGCUGAAGAGCUGGUGAGGAGCGGCCUUGCAUGGGAACCGCGUGCCAAUGACACGCGGGAGGAAGCCGGCCUGCCAGCAGCUGGGGAGGAUGAGACCUCGUGGACAGCGCCCGGCAGUGAGCUGGCUGCGGUGGGCCGUGGGGUCGGGACAGAGGAGGAGGCAUCAGCUGCAGUGACUGGCAUUGCCUGGCUGGAGACAGAUAACCCAGGCCUGGGUGGAGUGACUGCAGAGACUGGCAGUGGCGACGCCCAGACCCUCCCAACUACACUCCAAGCUCCUGUCGAGGCCCUUGGGUCAUCUACAAUGCCGCCUGCCACCUCUGAGGCUACUGAAGCCAGUGGACCUCCCUCCCCCACUACCCAUGAUAAGACUAGCCCAGUCUCUGAACUCCCUAAGGAGAGGCCCUUGGAGGUUUGGCUGAACCUGGGAGGCAGCACACCUGAGCCUCAAGGGCCAGAGCCCACUUAUCCCCUUCGAGGCGAUCUAGAGACCCAUCCAACCUCAGAUAUAAUUGACAUCGACUACUUUGAAGGGUUGGAUAGUGAGGGUCAUGGUGCAGACGUGGGCAGCUUCCCAGGGUCACCAGGAGCCUCAGACAGUCACCCUGACACCGAAGGAGAGACCCCUUCCUGGAGCCUGCUUGACUUAUAUGAUGACUUCACCCCCUUUGACGAGUCUGAUUUCUACCCCACCACGUCCUUCUAUGAUGAUCUGGAAGAGGAGGAAGAGGAAGAGGAUGAUGACAAGGAUGCAGUAGGCGCUGGAGACCUGGAAGAUGAGAAUGACCUCCUGCCCUCCCAGAAGCCUGGUGUGGGGCCUGGGACAGGACAGCCCACCAGCCGGUGGCAUGCUGUCCCUCCACAGCAUACUCUGGGGGUGGUCCCUGGCAGCAGCAUCUCUCUCAGGCCCCGCCCAGGAGAUCCUGGCAGGGACCUGGCCUCAGGCGGAAAUGGCACAGAGUGCCGAGUUGGCUUUGUCAAGCACAAUGGCUCCUGCCGGUCCGUGUGUGACCUCUUCCCGAGUUACUGUCACAACGGCGGCCAGUGCUACUUGGUGGAGAACAUAGGGGCUUUCUGCAGGUGUAACACUCAGGACUACAUCUGGCACAAGGGCAUACGCUGUGAGUCCAUCAUCACUGACUUCCAGGUGAUGUGCGUGGCUGUGGGCUCGGCUGCCCUUGUGCUGCUGCUCCUGUUCAUGAUGACCGUGUUCUUUGCCAAGAAGCUCUAUCUGCUCAAGACUGAGAAUACCAAGCUGCGAAGGACCAACAAAUUCCGGACCCCAUCUGAACUCCACAACGAUAACUUCUCCCUCUCCACCAUUGCUGAGGGCUCUCAUCCAAAUGUAAGGAAACUUUGCGACACUCCCUGUGUCUCCUCCCCCCAUGCCCGUGCCUUGGCUCACUAUGAUAGCGUUGUCUGUCAGGAUGACCCCAGUGCUCCCCACAAAAUCCAGGAAGCUCUCAAGUCCUGCCUGAAGGAGGAAGAGCCCUUUAACAUCCAGAACUCCAUGUCACCGAAACUUGAGGGUGGCAAAGGUGACCAAGCUGACUUGGAGGUGAACUGUCUCCAGAAUAACCUAACCUGA